GCGCACGACUUCUCUUGGAAUUCGACCACACUUCCCAUCAACAUCUUCACUCAUCUGUAAAUGGCCUUGUUAGCGCUAACGACAUGCGACGGAUGUGGCGGCAGUCGGUUGCGACGGUCUUUCUUCUUAGCAAUUGCGCCUGACAGGUGCCGGUCCGGAGCGGUCGUCGGUCUUGUCUUACUUCUGCUUGGCUUCUCCGGGCCAACUCGUGGCGAUCUCUUCCCCAUUUCCCUCGUGGCUGCCCGGACUCCCCAGCCUCCGACCUUCGAUGGCUGGCGCAUUUCCAAUAAUCACUCUGCGAAUGCUCCGUGCAGGCUCACACACCGAUCAAGCAGGCAUACUUCUCGUCUCCAAUAUCGAACGCAGCUGGGCGUGCUCGAUCAAGCAGUUCUUGCCCUCCCCGGAUCCUACCGGCUCGAGCUCAAUGUGCAAGGCACAGUUAGCGCCCGUCAUGAUAUACUCUAAAGUGCGACUGCUCGACGGCAUCAUGAAAGGGGUCUUGAUGCAACGCUAUCGCAGUUCGGCUUUCCCAGCCGGGUCAUGGCUAUCCUGUUUCGCCCUCGCCCCUUGUCUGUUUCGACUAAGCGCUUGGUGUUUGGGAGGGGUGGGCAAAGACCCCAUGAUCUCGCGUUUCGGUCGAUAUUCACGAGAUGGUGUUCUGCAGGGAUGCGAUCGACAAAGUGCAUACGGACAUUCGUUCCCCGCACUGGCCCGAGCGUUCCGCCACAACGUGUGCAGGUGUGGAUUGCACGCAAGCGGCAAGCCACCUCCAACAUUUGGCACCCGCUCUAUCUUGGUCUAGAUAUCUGUCAUCAAGGACGGCCAGCUGCUCAGGCGGGAUGGAGUACCAGACUGUGUCGCUAUUUGCGGGAAGCGCGUUCCGGCUGCUUCCGAACGGUGAACGUUACUACAUCAUAGCUGCGCAAU